CCCUCUACCCACGUGGGCCCUCGGGACUGCGGAGGAGCAGUGUCCGGCGAUGGCCGGGUCCCGCAGGCUAGAGCUGGCCGAGGCCCUGGAGCUGGGACCUGGCUGGCGUCAUGCGUGCCACGCUCUGCUCUACGCUCCGGACCCUGGGAUGCUCUUCGGCCGCAUCCCGCUGCGCUACGCCGUACUGAUGCAGAUGCGCUUCGAUGGACGCCUGGGCUUCCCCGGAGGAUUCGUGGACAAGCAGGACAACAGCCUAGAGGAAGGGCUGAACCGCGAGCUGCGCGAGGAGCUGGGCGAGGCUGCGGCCGCCUUCCGCGUAGAGCGCACUGACUACCGCAGCUCCCACGCCGGGUCAGGGCCGCGCGUUGUGGCCCACUUCUACGCCAAGCGUCUGACGCUCGAGCAGCUGUUGGCUGUGGAGGCCGGCGCUACACGCGCCAAGGACCACGGGCUGGAGGUGCUGGGCCUGGUGCGAGUGCCCUUGUAUACCCUGCGGGAUGGUGUGGGAGGCCUGCCUACCUUCCUGGAGAAUUCCUUUAUUGGCUCUGCCCGGGAGCAGUUACUGGAAGCUCUCCAGGACUUGGGACUGCUACAGCCUGGCUCCAUCUCAGGCCUUAAGAUUCCAGCUCGUCACUAGAGGCAGUCCUCCAUGGACCUAUGGAGACUGAGAUAGGGAGGGAGGGAAGGAUGUGGGAAUGUUUUCUUAUUGGACCUGAGAGAUGAUACAUGAUACCAGAUUAAAAGAAGGAGAAGUGUGUACAGUAUGUUUUGAGAAGAGGACCCUCCAAGUCAUGGCACCAGGGGCAAAAAUCCACAGCUCAUCCCAGGUACCCUGGCAGCUUCUCAGAGCCUGCUUCCUCCCUGUAUGUAUGCAUACAGCCUGAUAACCCCCAGCCAUGCAAAUAUACAAUCUGUAACAACACACAGCCUGACACCUUCCCCUGGUCACGUCCAGUUUAACCAUGAAGGGGUAUUUGUCAACAUACUCUGCUACCUGAUUGCAAGAAGCUUCUGAAGCAAGCAUGGGUCCUUCUCACACUCCUCCAUGGCUGCUCUCCAGGGUCUAACCCAGCUUAUUUGUUAGGGAGGAUAGAGAGGCAGAGGACCGCCUGUGCUUCCUGAAAAUAGACUUGCUCUUGUCUGAGUGGUGACCAAGGCAGUUGGCUCUUAAAAUGUGGGAGAGUAUCCUAACCAAUCCCCAGUCUUUUUCUUCUGAAACUGAGCAGGAGGGGUAAGGAAGUGGCUAGGUUUCCUUAGACUGAGCAUGGGCAUGAGACCUGUAACUACUGGUGUCUCUGCUCCAGAGUUUUCAUCUUUGGGAUGCCUGAGACUCUGAUACUAUCAGAAGGGAAUUGACCCACCCCGGUCUAGGCCUGCCCUGCCAAAAAGAGCCUCCCAUUAAAGAGGGUUUAGAGCUGGGCCUCUAGGCCCUUCACUUCAUCUACACAAAGGUGGUAGAAAAACGUAGACUGGACAAAGUAAUCCAUGGAGAGAGAAAAAGAAGAGGGCUCAGGACAUGGCCCUGAGGAAGCUCAAUCCUAAGAGUCUGGGCAGAGAAAACCAGGCAUGUUAAAGAAGACAAGAGAGUGGACUAUGCAGAGUGCUUAGGAGGGUUUCACUAAAAGAGAGGCAAAACUGUCCACUCCAUUUAGUAACAUGAAGUGUUUGAUGACUAUGGUGGCAGCAAUUUCAGGGAGGGUGGUGUGGAAGGCAGGCUGGAUUGGUUGAGUGAAUGGAAGAUUGGGGAGGGGAGCAUGUGAGAAGUUAGCCCUAAAUGGGGCUCAGGUUAAUAACUGGAGAGCUGUGGGGUCAAGCCGUGUUUAAGGUGGGAGGUAGAGCAUGCCAGUGUUGAUGGCAACAAUCAAGAUGGUGCGAUGAGAGAGACGGGAGGGGGAUGGGGAGGAGGACCCCUAAAGGGUCACAGUCCUUGAGAGAGGAGGAGGGAUGGGACCUUUGUAGGAAGAGAGACAGCUCUGCAGCCUCACACAGGACUCAGUACAGUAGAAAGGGGUCAGUGUAGAAGAUGAAGAUGACUGAAUUAUGGGGAAAUGAUGAAGGAGUUUGAAUCUCUUCUUUGUGAAAUGAAGUGAUAUUAUCAGCUAGAUGUGGGUGGAGCAUGUUCUUGGAAGGUAGGAAGUAGAUGUUUUCCUUGGUGUUGGAAAUCAGAUUGAUUAAGGAAACUCCGGACAAGGCUGAGCCCUGAGAGGGUCACUUUAGAGUAGGAUGUUUGGCACUCAGGUGUGUGUGUGUGUGUGUUGGGUGGGGCUCUGCAUGCACCUGUCUUUCCCUCAUCAGGAUUCAGCAGCUGGGAUGGAGACACUUACUGCAGUGUUGGGGUUUUGCCAGGGAAGUAAAAGAAGGUGAGAGAAAGAUGGGGAGUUCCGAUGACAUGACAGGAGAAAUUGCAGUGAUGAAAUGUGCAGUCUAAGGUUUAAUGGCCCAAAAUGGGAAUUGAAAACAGGAGGUGACUAGGGAGGGAUUAGGAGAUUAGCGGUCUUGACAAGGUAGAAACUCCAGAAUGGUGAGGGGUUGGUCGGGGUUGUAUUUGAGCCAAACAGGAGUGCUUUGGAAAUUGAGAGGUGGAGCAAUCUCAGGUAAAGGCAAAAUAGAGGGUAUGACCUGGGGUUGCUGGCCAGAGCCAGGGGAGGAGCCGUAAGACGUGAGAUCUGGGGUUAGGGAGGCUGGAGGGCAGUGUGAGCCUCCAUGUGGGUGCUGAAGCAAAAAACUGACAUGUUGAGGAGGGUGAUGUGACCUAGGAGCCAUUGUCCUUGGUGAACAAGAGGAGUGACCACAGGCCAGUGGCACCUGCCAGAGGGGAAAGCAGGCCUGAUAGGAUAGCAUCUCCCAGGCAAGGGCCUUUUGAGGAAGGGAGGGUGGGAAGUGGUCUGGAAGCUUAAUGCAGAGCAAUGUGGUUCCCACUGGCAGCCCUUGGUCUUAGAAGAAUGGGAGUGGCUGGUGGGGGAACAGCUGUAUACUUCCUAAUCUCACCCUGACCGUUUUGUCAAACGUUACCUAGAUGAAACCUCAGCAUAGGCAGGCUGCAGGGAAUGGACAUUCCAGUGGUUCCUGGGGUCCCAGCCUGUCGCAGCUUCAUCUGUGCUUUGUGCACUUGACUCCCAGUCAUCUCUGCAAGGGACCCUGAGAUCUGGGAGAUCAGAGUCACUCACCCUUGAUGGCCCUGCUACUAAACCUCUCCCUCAGAUAAUUCUGGAUCCAGAACUCACUCUGGAUCCAGAUAAUUCUGGAUCCAGAACUCACUCUGGAUCCAGAUAAUUCUGGAUCCAGAACUCACUCUGGAUCCAGAUAAUUCUGGAUCCAGAACUCACUCUGGAUCCAGAUAAUUCUGGAUCCAGAACUCACUCUGGAUGUAAUCCGGGUCAACAUGAAUACCAUUUGGAAGGUACCUUCACAGCACUCAUCUCACUCUGCUUGAGUAUCCCAGUGCCUGCCUCCUGCACAGCUCAUCUGUCCACUUAUUUGCAUUAAAUCUGCUUUUUAUUUAGGUCCGUGGAGAUGGCUGAGUGGGGAGGAGCCCAUGACUUUCCUGUGUGAUCCCUUAAACAUACUCUCCAAGUCAGUAGAUACUUCUCAGGCAGGAUUCAUAAAAGUUUCACUGCUGGGGUUUGUGUUCAUCUUACUCACCUAGACAGUCCCUGGGUAGGCAGACUGGGGAUGAUAGAAGCUCACACUCUGUGUUUCUCCUCCUCUUACUCAUUCCUACCAUGCUGAGGUUUAAGGAAAGCCAGGGAUGAUGUCCCACUUAAGCUUUCCUUGGCCUUGUUGAAUAGAAUCAUCUGGGGUGGGAAGCAGAGAAAUGCUCAUUGCAAUCUUUGACCUUCACUAGCUGCUGUGGUGACUUUGACUCAAGCCUUUGACCUCCUUUGUCUUAUCUGAAAUGUUGCUGUGAUUCCUGUAGUGCGAUUAGAUGAGGCAGCACUUGGGAUAAGCUUGCAGAGACGCAUUAAGCAGUAUGAAAAUACAGGAUGCCAUGUGUGCUUCCUGCUUCAUAGCACAUUUUGUUUCUUGCAAGGUGAAGAGGCCCAGCCGCCUCCCCACAAACACAUAUUUGUGCCUUUUUCAGCAUAAUCAGCAAGAUGUUCCCACUUCUCAGCAUUGCACUUUACUGCUGGUGCAGAAUAAAUGCUUUGAGCCCCACCCUGUUUUGAGACAAAGUCCUCUGUGGUCACCCAGCAUAUGGCAGAGCUGCUGCUUCUGGGCUGGCGCAUUUGAGGCAACAGUGACUUCCUCUUUUUCCAGUUACCUGAACCCUUAGAGGCAGCUAGUGAAACAGACAAGGGGAGGGGAAGAGAAGAGGGAAGGCAUGUUUCCUACAUGUUUCAAUUUAUUGCACAGAAAUGUUUUUGUAACCUGUAUCUCCAAUGGAAUCAUGAAUGGGUGUGGGAGAGUCAAAAAUAGAGGAAAAAAUUUAGUCUGUAAGCAAAUCAUUGGAUGGCAUCAGAAUUUGAGCCCAAGUAAAAGAUGCUGGAGCUUGGUCCUUACCAGAGAGGAGAAGAGCCAGGUGGUGGAUUUUAUUUACAGCAUAUUCAAUUCUGAGAAAGAAGAGUAUGGGCAGGGCAGAGGAAAAAGGAAAAAUGGGGACUUAAGGCCCCCACAAAGAGAAAUCAUGUGCCUUCUUCCCACUUCCCUUCUGGCUUGGGCAAAUGAGGCAGUUCAUGCUCCCUUUAGGGGUGGAGGCAGUCUGCAGAGACCAGUUGGGCAGAGAUGAAAUCUUGCAAAGUAACCCUUCUCACACUUGAAAAGCAAGAAUAGCAAAGGGACUUUGGGAAGGACAUAACGCAAGAACAGGAAGCUCCUCACCAACAGCUCCCAGUUGGAAGGAGUCUAGCAUUGUCACCAAAGUGCUGCUAUCCGGAUGUACAGAUGCAAACUGGAACUGCUGCCUGUGCCCUCAGCAUGGGCAUGUACCCACCACAGGCAUUUGCAGGUGAUGCAGGGGCACAGGAUUCCCUUUUUCUGCUCAGGAUAACAACCCCUGGAUGGGGUUUUCAACAAGUAUAGGAGCUCCCGGACUCAGCCAGGACUCUUCACCCACAGUCCUGAUCCUCCCACCUUCUUCAGGUCUCUAGAAGACAGAACUGAUGGGUUUACAACAUCCUGUUACCCAGCGCUAAUCCCAGGCUAUGAAUGUAGGGAAAGGCCAGGUAAACAAGGAGGGGAGAACAGGUGAAUGACCCCAACUGUUUGAAACCGAAAGAAGAGAAUUGCCCCCAGUUAGUAAACAGCAAGAAAUUUUGUAUUAUAUCUGUUUCAGAAAUAAUACAAAAUAGAAGAGGAUGUGAGCACCAGAUGCACGUGAUAAAAAACCAUGCUCUGGAAGAUGGAUUCCAAGGAGUAGAAGCGGUAUUUGCUCACAGCAUUUAAGGAGACCAGGGACUCUGGAAUGCGGUGAGAGUAAAGAUAAGACAUGCAGGAACCACCGACAACAUCAAGAAGGGAUUUAAGGGCAGGGAUCUCUCUGUUAGAGAAUUUAACAUUACCCUAGAAACAGCAAAGAGCAUCAUCAGCCCUGGGAAAAACUACCUCUGAUGUGGAGAGCAGGCUUAAGGAAAUCCCCUAGAACCCAGAGAAAAAGUGCAAAACAAGGAAAAUGGCCAAAGAGAACAUCAUAGAUACAGAGGUCAGACAAUGACAAUCCAGAGUCUUGUUAAGCGAUAGAAGGAAAGUGCUAACAGAACAUGUGUAGCAGGAACACCAUUUUGGAGGAAACCGGAAGAAAAGUUCCCUAAACUCAAAAGAUACCACAUCAGAAGUGGACAGUACUCACUAUGUUCAGGGGAAUAAAAAGAUAAAAACUGAAAAGCAUCAGAAUGUUUUCUGUGUGAAGGAAAUUUGUAAGGUAGGAGAAUUAGGUCACUUACUAUAGCACAAACUGCAUGUCUAUCUAAAUCAACAUUUAAGUGCAAAAGCAUGGAUAUUACUCAUGCAGUUAACUGGGAAACCAUACAGGUGUUUUUCAGGAAUGUACAUAAUGAAUCCAAGUAAACAACAGAUGAGGAAAAGUGUGUAGGAAGUUUGUGAGCUGGCUGUGAGGCAGUGUCUCCUAUUAUGUCCAAUUUUAGUGCUAAGUAUUGUGUUAAUGAUGGCUGUCAAACAAUAUGUUAGCAAUUGAAAGGAAAUAUGUAUACUAUGAGCAUAAUAAAUGUAGAGAAUAACAGUCAUUUGAUUUUA